AUGCGAAAAGUUUUCGACGCCCUCAAAGAGUCCACUGCAUACUACCACCUGGCAGAGGAUGAAGAAGACGAUGCGGCCGUGUUGGCGUACCAAGACUCGAGGCGGCUACGGAAUGGUUUUGACAGGUUUCUGCUGGUAAGAAUAUCAUAUGUAUUCCAAGAUAUUCCAAAGGCGCCGUCGGGCUGGCAGCAACUCGCGAACUCGUGUUAUUGUAACCGGGAGCGCGAGGGAUGGGUUCUAUGCGUAUCUAAACCCGCUGCCAGUGCCGAUAGUCUAUGGCAGCACCCCGCGGGCCAGAGCCAGGAGGCUGGGCGGAGCGAGUUUGUUGCGGCGCAUGACCGCUUUCGCCUCCUGUACAAACAACCACUUAAUUUUGAACCAUGUGUCCCGGAAGGGGUAGAACUUGCGAAGGGCAAGCGGCCGGCCGAGCGCGAGAUUCAGAGCCCUCCGGAGAAACGGAGUCGCCUGGAAGGCAAGGUGGAUACCAAUUCCAAACCGAGUGAGAUGACCCUCUUGGUGACGCCAGAGACACUAGCAACAGUUCUGUCCACCUUCUUUGACCAAACGGUCGAAAGGCACGUCGACACAGCGAAGGAGGACGUCAUAGCGGCCCAAACCGCAGCAAUUAUUGCGAAGGACCAGACGAUCAGAGCGAAGGAUGAACUGUUGAAGGCAACAAAAAGGCACGCGAGGCAAUACGAAGCCGCAAUGCUCCGUCAGAAUCUCCUGGGAGAGCGAACGGCUAGAACAAGUGGCGCCGAGGGUUAGGGUUAUAGAAGCCCUCAGGGUUGACUCCAAGGACGUUUUGCAGCUUGUACGGGGAUGUGGAGUCGAACCCUGAGGGGUUCCCGGUUGGUUCAUCGCCGAGCACUGUCAGAUACUGCAGCGCGGGACAGUGUUGUGAGAUCGUUUCCAGCAAUGAAAGGGCGAGUGAUCUGAGUUUUUCGCCGAACUGUGCGAUGUCGAUCUGAAAUCUAUUUUAUCGCACCGGUCCCAGCCGGAGUGUGAGAUUUCUGAGAGGUGCAAAGUAAUGUAGAAGGUUUACGC